AUGAAUUCAAUAUUGAAAAUUUUUUUUCGACAAACAGAAAAUCUUCUUUGUCUAACAAAAACAAGUAUACUUAUAUAUCAAUUACAAAAAAAUCUUACAAAUGAUAAUAUUAAUUUAUUUGAUAUUGAAAAAAAAGAUCAAUAUCAAUGUACAUUUUCAUAUGAUUUAUGUAAUGAACUUCGAUUAAUACAAAAAAAUUUACAAUCAACUUGUUUUUUACUUCAACGAACACUCUAUCGUGUUCAUGCAUUAAGACAAACACGUGGAGAAUUAUCUAUUCAAAUUAAUGAUAAUCUUAUUCUUAAAUAUAAAGAAAAUCUUUCAUAUGAAUUAGAUAAUAUUCAAGAAAAAAUUCUCUUAAUUAUAAAUGAAUAUAUGUUAAGUAAUUCACCUUUAAAUACUCUUCAAAU